GAAGAUUGUAUGGGACCCAUCGCAGGCAAAAUAAUUGAUCGACGAUAUUUGACAGCUUACAAUUGUUGGAGUAAAGGAGCCACCCGGUGUUUGAGAUCAUGGUGGUAAACUCUCCCUCUCCUCUGCCUGAGAGAGCCAUUUAUGGGUUUGUCCUUUUCCUUGGCUCACAGUUUGGCUUCUUUCUGUAUUGCCUGUGGGCAUUUAUACCAGACGAGUGGCUUCAUUCAAUAGGGCUCACCUACUGGCCUCAAAAAUAUUGGGCCCUUGCCGUACCAAUCUAUCUUCUGGUUGCAUUAGUGAUCGCUGUGGUGCUGCUGUUCGGAGUGAACCUGAACAACACCGCUCCGCUCGACUCCCUGGACAGCAUCACAGACGUGUACGCACAAGGCCAAAGGACAACAGACUGCCACAAGGGGGGAAUACCCAGACUGAAAGAUGUUUCCAUUAGUGAAGUCAACAGAAUUUUCUAUUUGUCCCCCACAUCAUAACAAACAGGAACUAAUGUAGUCAGAGAUGGACUAGAGGAGGGAUUUAUUAUGGUGUCGCUGUUUUCCCUUUGUUUAUAAAACAGGGAUUCUGCUUUUAUUUAUUUAUCCAGGAACAAUGCAAUGGGGGAAAUAUGUACUGUAAGAAUUUACUUUCUCUUGUCCUUUAUUUACAAAAUGAUGUGCUCUGUGUGUGUUAACAGGGAUAUGCUGAAUAUGAUGUAAGACAAUGUCACAAUAUGAACAAAGUUACUAUUAUCAAAGUAACUUGUAUAUUUGAUGAACAAGGGGAUUUUAUCCAAUAAAGUAUAUAUUUUUUUAUACAUACAGUAUGUGUUUUGUGCAAUACUACACUUCUGUUAGUAUCAUCAUUUGAAAUAAAUGG